AUGAGCUACAGUUGGGUGCAAUCUAUGGUAUAUACCAUAAAGGAAGUAAACACAUUGGAGUCUCUUCUCCCAAAUAUAUCUCUAGGAUUCCAGAUUUUUGACACAUGCCUGCACACUAGCCAAGCCCUGUGGGGCACAUUCCGCACUCUGACAGGAGAGGACUAUCCAAUUCUCAACUACCAGUGUAACCAGAGAGUUCCUAUAGCUAUCAUUGGAGAUGCAGUGUCAACAAUUUCCAUGGCAAUGGCUAACGUGCUGGGAUCCUACAUGUACCCCCAGCUUAGCUAUAUGUCAUCGGUAGCCUCUCUGAGUAAUCGCCACCUGUACCCAUCAUUCUUCCGCACAAUCCCUAGCGAUGACCUACAGGCCCGGGCCCUGGCGAACCUUGUGGCAUACAUGGGAUGGAAGUGGCUUGGGCUGCUUUCUCUCGAUGAAGACUUUGGGAUGGUGGGAUCUCAGGCUCUCAAAGAGGAGCUCCAAAAGUUGGGUGUGUGCCUUGCUUAUCAUGAAACGAUUGGACAAGCAGCCUCCCUGGCAAAGUUGAACUCUAUCGCAAAUGUGGUCAUUCAGUCAUCGGCCAAGGUUGUUGUCAUCUUUUCUAGAGACCCCUUAAUCCACCCACUGGUGGAAUUGCUUUUAGGGAGAGAGGAAUCUGAACAUAUCUGGCUGGGUGUUCCAGCAUGGUCAAACUCGCCUUUGCUCACUAUGAAAAAGUAUAAAGAUACAAUGAUGGGGACACUUGCAUUCGCUUUGCAUGACACCGGAAUUCCAGGGUUUAAGGAAUACCUCCUUGCUAUCCGUCCUUCUCUCUUGGUUCCCCAGGAUAUCUUCAUUGAGACUUUCUGGGAGUUAGUUCAGCCGUGCCGUUGGCCAAACAAAACCACUGCUGCUGAAAGCAGCCUACCCUGGUGCACAGGGGAAGAGGAACUGACCAGGUUCAGAAGCUAUCAAUACGAGUAUGAUGAAUUUGACUUUAAGAAGGAAUAUCUGGUGUAUAACGCAAUAUAUGCAGUUGCCUAUGCCCUGCAUGAACUUAUCUUCUCCUGUUCCCCUGGCCAAGUUAACACCCAUCGUGAAGGAUGUGGAGUUCAAAGGACCAUAACACCGUGGCAGGUGGUUCACUAUCUAAAAAAGAUCAGUUUCAAGAAUCGGAUGGGAGAAGUAAUGUACUUUGAUUCCAAUGGAAACCCACCGACCGACUAUGAUCUUCUGAACUGGCAGCAGAAUGCAGAUGGAACCGUCAAGUUUGUAAAUGUCGGGCGCUACAAUAUUCGCGAGUCUGAAGAACAAAAGCUGAACAUCAACACCACUGCCAUUAGGUGGAUCACUGGUGGCCAAGAGACCCCCCGAUCUGUGUGCAGCAACAGUUGCUCUCCUGGAUUUCGGAAGGCCGCUCAAAAUGGACAACCUAUGUGCUGCUUUGACUGUGUUCCUUGCUCGGAGGGGGAAAUAUCUGACCACAUAGACUCUAGUAACUGUUUUCCAUGCUCUGAUGAAAUGUGGCCAAAUGAAAACAAAACCUUGUGCAUCCCUAAAGCUGUUGAGUUCUUGUCCUACUGGGAACCUCUUGGACUUACCUUGACAGUAACUGCCAUCUUCUGCACCUUCACCUCCAUCAGCAUACUAUGUGUUUUUAUUAAAUACAAAGACACAGCCAUAGUCAAAGCCAACAACCGAGAUCUUACCUACGUCCUACUGGCCUCCUUGUCCCUGAGUUUCGUAUGCUCACUACUUUUUAUUGGGGAGCCUCAAAAAUUCACUUGUCGUGUUCGCCAGGGAGCAUUUGGUGUCAUCUUUGUUCUUAGUGUUUCCUGUGUCUUGGCCAAGACAGUCAUGGUGGUCAUCGCUUUUGGAGCUACCAAACCAGGAAGCAACAUGAGAAAAUGGCUCGGGCCAUUGGUUCCAGCUUCAACUGUCUCUUUUUGUACAUCUGUCCAGGUCUUCAUCUGUAUCGCCUGGAUGUUCCACUGCCCUCCUUUCCCCGAGAGAAACAUCAAGAUUAAAACUGGAGUCGUCAUCUUUCAAUGCAAUGAAUGUUCGGACACCAUGCUCUGGUGCAUGUUGGGAUACAUGGCGUUACUUGCCUGCAUCAGUUUCCUGGUAGCAUUCCUCUCCAGAAAAUUACCAGACAGCUUUAAUGAGGCCAAGUGGAUCACCUUCUCCAUGCUGAUCUUCUUGAGUGUCUGGAUCUCCUUUGUCCCCGCCUAUCUCAGCACUCAGGGCAAAUUUAUGGUGGCCACCGAGGUGUUUGGAAUCCUAUCGUCCAGUGCUGGGAUUGCAGGAUGCAUCUUCUUUCCCAAAUGCUAUAUUAUAUUACUAAGACCUGAUCUCAACUCUCGUCAAAAGCUCCUGGGCAGGGGCACCACCCAGAAAACAAUCUGAGGUCUUAGUGACUUAGUUGACCUCUGCAACCUUCUCUGCUCCUUUUUCCCCCCAAGAAAGAACAUAUAAAA